UUUAAAACAGCCUCAGCUUGCUCAGUCAGAGCAGUGCGAGGCGCAGACAGACGCACACCUUCUCUCUCUCUCUCUCUCUCCCUCACUCUCUCUCGCCCUCUCCCUUUCAUGCACGCACACACACACAUGCUCAUGCACGCAGACGGCAACCGUCCUCUAUCGGACUGACACCACACACACGCUGGGAUAGACACACUGUGCCCCCCCCCUCCCUUUCCUUGCUACAGUGGAGAAGAGGAUAAGAAGUGACAUAUCAGGAAAAAACAAAUACAACCAAAAAAAGAAGAGGUUCACAGGCGAAGACGAGGAUCGUCCUGACGUUUCGUCCCGUCAAAGAUGGCAAACCUUGUGACAUCGCUGUGCUGUGUAGUUCUGGCCGCGGUGGUGGUAGCCUACGCUCAGAGACGCAGUCAGCUCGUCGCUAGGAACCAGUACGAGCAGAUGAACAGCGACGUCACCAUGAAGUGCGGCUCCCUGGACAACGACGCGUCGGUGUCAUGGAAGGUGAACGGCACAGACGUGAAGGCCCAGCACCGUCUGGUGGGACCCAGACUCAUCCUGACCCAAGUGAACCUGGGCCACAACGGGCUCUACAGCUGCUUUCAGAACCCGCACGGCGAGCGGCGGGACACCAUCAUGCUCCACGUCGGCACUCCCCCACACGAGCCCACCAUCACCUGUCGAUCCAACACGUACCCUAAAGGCUUCUACUGCAGCUGGUACCAGCUCUCCCAGACGUACAUCCCCACUACGUUUGAAGUCGACGUACAACACUACCAGCGUUCACUGGAGGUGCAGAAAGAUUCUGUCCACAAGAACCGCUGCCACGUACGCUUCCCUGAGGUCUUCUCCAGCUUCCCUUACAAAGUCAACGUGACGGCAGUCAACGCGCUGGGCAGAGCGUCCAAUGUCAUCUCCUUUGAGGAAUCCAGUAUAGUCAAACCAGACCCUCCAGAGCGUGUGACAGCGACCCCGAUCCAUUUCAACCCCCGGAGGCUGGAGGUAACCUGGCACAGCCCUGCCACCUGGCCCGACAUUGACAACUUCCCUCUGAAGUACUUCCUCCGAUACCGGCCGCUCAUCCGUGACCAGUGGCAGCAUGUGGAGCUUUCCGACAGCACCUCCCACACCAUCACUGAUGCUUAUGCUGGGAAAGAAUACAUCAUCCAGGUGGCUGCCAAGGACACCGAUAUUGGAACGUGGAGUGACUGGAGUGUUGCCGUUCAUGCCACACCCUGGAUUGAGGAUCCCCUGCCCAUCACUUCCACAACCGACGUGGUCACUCCCACCGAGACUAAGACGUCUCCCAUACCAUCGUCCAACGCACCACAGAAGGCUGGACCUCCAGUGGGCAGAGCUGCCAGGCUCCUCACCUUCUUCUACCCUUUGCUGUUAGGAAUGCUGCUGCUGGUCAUGUGAUUUAAACAUCUUUAAACGUCCUGGAAGAAGAAUGAGAAGUAGGAAGAAGGAGGAAGAGGAGGCGACGGCUGGUCUUUUUUCUAUUUUGCACAUGUUUCGAGGAUACAGUGCACCAAUCAUAUCUGUCCAUCACACAGUUACUCACCGAGAUUACUUAGACACACACACACACACACACACACACA